CGACCCCGUCCCUGUCAGGGCUCAUGACCGUUUUGUCCCUUUUCUUUGUUCUCCGCGUCAUCUGUACGUCCGUCUUAUACGCGCACAAACACAUCUGUGAUCGUGACUAUUGUGGCUGCGCUCUGUUGAGGAUUCCUCGAGAAAUGUUUCAUGUGCGCAAUGAAUAAGCUACAUAUAAAGCAAUAUUUUCAGUGUGUUCACCCGCCUGAACGCCUGAGCACUCUUGCCGCGGUAAUUCUUAUGAGCGAUAUCAGUCGGUGACCUAUCUCCGGAAUCGAUUUGCCUCCCGUUUACCUUAAAUCAGAGUCGGCGAGGCGCUCCGGUUCCCCUUCACUGCUGUGGUUAUUCUACGAUCACCGCGUGAUCAUUGUGUGAUUCGGGGCCCCAUCACUCAUAAAACGAAGGAGGCGUAGGCGCAAACAGGACCCCGCGUGGCUGGGCCGCCUCAGCGGCUUCCCAAAGGGAUCGCGGGAGCCGUUUUGCUCCGAGAGCAGCGCAGCAGGUGCGUCCGGACUCGCCUGCCUGAGCACGACAUCCUGAUGGCCACCUGCGACCUGAGCAGUGUCCUCACCAACGCCAACUGGGCCGUGUACCAGAGCGGGAGCCUCGAGACACUGGUGCUCCCCGGUGCCUCACCUGGCCACAAGGAGGCCCUGCAGCCCUCAGCACAUCUCACCUGCAACCCUGGAGUUCUGGGUCACCAGAGCUGGUACCACCUGGCUCCGCAGUACUGGACCAAACAGAACACCCUGGAAUGGAUCAGCCAUCAUGUGGAGGAGAGCAAGUUUGAUGCCAGCACGCUCAGCGUCGUCAGCUGCUCCAUGGACGGGCCGACUCUGUGCCAAAUGUCACACCGGGCCCUGGUCUCCGUGUUCGGCUCGCUGGGGGAGCGCCUCUUCCAAAACCUGCUGGAGCUCAAGGCCAAAUACGGUGCAGACGAUCUGAACAUGACCUGCGAUUUCCUCAACAACCUGUUGGAUGAGUUUCCUGAAAUCCUGAAUGUGAACGGUGCGGAGAGCAUCUGUGACCUGAGCUCUAUGACCGAACAGCCAGAGUGUGCCGGUGUGGAGGCGCUGAGCUCACAAGACAGGCCCAAGAUGAUGGGCGAAAUGACACCGGCAAGCGACAAUGGCUACGAGUCGGGGCCCACUUCCCCGGACAGCCUGGACUGCUCCAGCGCAGGGAUGCUGCUCCCGGUGGCUCCGGUCUACUCAGACUCAGGCAGCGACUCGGAGCAGGACUUGUCCGAUUCCCCGUGCCGCCGCGCUGCCUGUGGACCCUUCAGCCCAGCAAAAGGGGAGCUAAAGCUGUGCAAGCGAGGCCGAGGAAGGCCACGGAAACUCAGUCAAGGUUCGCAACGCUAUGUCUACACCAAAAAGAGCAAACACGCCCCACGAGGCACACACCUCUGGGAGUUCAUCCGGGACAUCCUGAUCCACCCAGAGCAGAAUCCAGGCCUGAUGAAGUGGGAGGACCAACAGGAGGGCGUCUUCAAGUUCCUGAAAUCGGAGGCCGUAGCCCAGCUUUGGGGUCAGAAGAAGAAGAACAGCAGCAUGACGUACGAGAAGCUGAGCCGUGCUAUGAGGUACUACUACAAGAGGGAGAUCCUGGAACGGGUGGAUGGCCGCCGACUCGUCUAUAAGUUUGGGAAGAACGCCAGCGGUUGGCAGCUGGGGAACGUUGGGUUCUGAGGCCCGUAUGUGCGUCCGAGUGUCCUGGAAGGCCCGAGAGGCCUGGCCUGGGAAGCACAGGACGAACAUUGCAUUAUGCCUUCUCCUUCGAGGGGAAGGUGCUGCAGAAGUACGUAAGCCAAUAUUUUGGCUCUUGUAGGUUGUAUGAACCGAGAACGUUUUUUUUUCCCAGUUUUUUCUGUGUAUCUCUGAUGUCACGUCCUCAUGCGUUGAUGGGCUUAACGUGGUCCCCGGGCCUGAUGAGCACAGGGCUUUCUGCAUGCGGUGACUGAGCACUGGCCAGCGAGCAGCUGGAGACAAAGCUGAAGAUGUCUUUGGGCUCUCGUGAGGAGGAUGGGGACAAGCACGUAGCAUCAACGUGUGCCUUUUGUAGUCCAGCAGGACAAUACGUUCGUAAGGUGUGUCACAGAGUAGCCGUGCGAAGAGUGUCAACGUCACGAUGAAGCGCUCCACGUGUAAGUGUGUCACACAGAGGCUCCAGAGGGAUGCCACACCAGAGAAUCUUGUCAAAAACGCGACAGCGUUGCACACGUUUUCGGGCGGCUGCUCUGCAAAAGCUGUAUGGAUCACUUUGUCAAUCAUUACAAUGUAUAUUUUGUACAAAUGUCACUGCUCUGCCUCAGAUAGAGAAAUAUAUGUUUUUUUAUACGCUAAAUGUGCUUUCUAAAUAAAAACAUUUGCGA